AUGGUGCUCCUCACUCAGCUUCCCUCGGAGAUCAUCAACAACAUCUUUGGCUAUGUAGCGCCCGACGAUUUACCCAGUAUCCGAAGCAUCUGCCGACGGUUACGGGGACAUGUCAAAGGAAAUGCAGUUCUACAUCGUGACAUUUAUUAUCGGUACUUGGACGAACCACCAGAGGAUGUGGACUGGGAGCAGAGCCUCAAUGAUCUGGUGAAGUUGCGCAGACUGUGUGGACGGGAGUAUUCGAACUUGGAAAUCUCAUGUCCCAACAUACACAUGCCCAAAAUGGCCUUCGUCCACCACGCCGUAACCAAACUACUCAAAGCCAUUCCUCCAUCCUCUUCCCUGUCAACCCGCGGCGGCGGCAGCGAGCACAGCACCCAACAGCCAGUCUCCUCCUCCUAUCCCCCCUCGCGAAACGCCGCCAUACUCUCGCACCUCUUCUCCAAAGAAUCCGUCCGCAACGCCUUCCUCCAGGGCUCCCAGCUCUACGAGCGCGCCCACUGCUUCGACUACCUCCCCAUCCCCAUGCGCACCAUCAUCGACCUCGAGCGCUCGCGCUACAUCCGCAUCCCCGUCUACAUCGAGUACCAGCAACAGUCCGCCAAGAUGCACUGUCUCUUCGGCGUCGGCGUCCAGGCUCCUGCUACUUUAACACUGCCCAACAACCCUGCGCUUUCAUCCUCGCUCAACCUGAACCCCUAUCCUCCUCCCACGCCGGGUACCAACGUACACGCCACCCCGCCGAGCCCGCCGCUGCCUACCCGCGACGGCCAGAUAAGGUCGGCCUUCUUUGGGAGAACCUCGCUUGUUCCUCGUCUUUACCCGUACGCGGUGUCGAAGGUGUACGACCUCCGCGAGUACACCAUCAGAACAAAAUGGGGACCGUUCCGCGCGGACGGGAGCGGGAAGGUGGAUUGGGAGAAGAUGGAAGCGAUUUUGCUCGUGUUGAGGACGAAUAUCAAGCUGAAGGAGCUGGACAGGAUCCCGAUGGUGGGGAAUGUCUGGAACACGCCGUUUGCGGGGUGUUGGGAGGGGAGUUUGUGUGAACUGCCGAGAACGGGGAGCAACUCGAGAGAUGGGGACGGACAAGGAGGGCAAGGUCCGAUGGGGGUGGGGAGUGGGUAUGGCGGUUGGUUUCUGUGGGGGAAUACGCAUGAGGAUUGGGAUUCGGAUAUUGCAAAUGAUGGGGCUGUGGAUGACAUGGAGGAGGAGGACGGGGAUAGUGAGGAUGGGGAUUUGGAAGAGGAGGAGGAUGAUAGGGAUGUCCACUUGGAGAUGGCGGAUCCGUAUGGGGUCUCGGGCGUUUGGUUGAGGGUGGUUUGUUUUCUGGAUUACACCGACUUCUUUUCAUUCAACUUCCCCGACGAUAGCAUGCCCUGUCCCGAGAGCAUGCCGAGACCGCCCUUGGACGUGGGCGAGGCAACCAAGUUGCUCAUGAUGAAGAUCAAUGUCACCAGAAUCAUCUACCCCGAGCCAGGCACGGGACAUCCUGAGAUCAACGGAAAGAUCUGGCCCAUCGUACACUGGAAGGGUUAUGCUCGGUCGUUCGACGGGUCUCCCGGAGAGGCGCGUCUCACUUGGGGCCUGAGAGGGGUCGUUCAAAUGACACCCGAGGGCGAGGUCCGGUGGACGACGUCUUCCCUGUAUGACGGCGAGGAAAGAUGGCGGAGCGAGGGGAUCCAGAUCGGGGGUAUCAAGUCCGCUCGCGGGGUGAUUGGGAACUGGUUUGACAAGGAUUACAAUCCUCAUGGGCCUUGCGGACCUACGGCGUUUUGGAAGAUCUCGGACCUGGAGGCUGCGCGGCCGCGGGGCGGUCACGGCGGUCAGCAAGGGCCAUAG